AUGACGGAGAAACCGUGUGUAGCCUUUUUGGGACCAGAAGGGACGUAUUCGCACCAGGCUGCACAUGAACUCUUCGCAGACGCGGCGCAUUAUCUGGCCCUACCCACGAUCACCGAGAAUUUCGAUGCUCUGGGAUCUCAAGCGCAGUUUGCGCUACUGCCAUGGGAGAACUCCAUAUACGGGAUCGUGAUCGACACAAUUGAUCUUCUGCGCCGACAAUCCGUCGGCACCGCCAUCCACAUCAAAGGCGAGAAGACAAUCGGGGUACAACAUUGUCUUCUCGUGAGGAAGGGAGUCAAGUUAGAGCAAGUGAAGAUGGUGUUGAGCCAUGAGCAGGCUCUUGGCCAAUGCGCACGUUAUCUGACGCAGAAUCUCCCUCAAUCGACCCGAAUAAAAGUACCUUCAACAGCUCUGGCAGCUGAGCGUGUUGCAGCAGGAAAGGGGGAUGAUCUGUGGGCUGCUGCCGUUGCUUCUAGCAUGACCGUUGCAUUAUAUCCAGGGUUAGAAGUGCUGGGAAAAGGUAUUCAAGCUGCUCAAGACAACUUCACACGUUUUGUAUUACUCUCCACCAUCGAUGAUAUACCACGAUCAGUUCAGACUGCGGAGAAGAGCUAUCGUCAAGCUGUCGUUCGCUUCAGUUUCCCACAAUCAGCGGUGGUCGCGCUUGUAGACAUACUUUCCGUCUUCCGAGAUGGCAGUGGUUGCUCGAUUUCACGUAUUGACCGCAGACCAAGCGACAAUGGACGGCCAUUUGACGACAUCUAUUUCAUCGUCCUGCGGGGACGAUCGCUCAAUGAGGGCGACAUUCCGGGGUUUGAUCCAUUAUCUGUGUAUCUGGACAACGUCAUGGUCCGACUUAGUAUCAUGAUGAAACAGCAUGAAAGCAGGCCUGCCCUGCUUGGUGUAUGGUAG